AUGAAUGGUAUUCAAGUUGAUAUUAACCACCUAAAGAAGGGAGAAGUGAGUUUAGGUACCUCUAUUAUGGCUGUAACUUUUAAGGAUGGUGUGAUAUUGGGUGCUGAUUCUCGUACAACAACAGGUGCAUACAUUGCUAACCGUGUUACCGAUAAAUUAACUAGAGUCCACGAUAAAAUUUGGUGUUGUAGGUCGGGUUCUGCAGCUGAUACACAGGCUGUUGCUGACAUUGUUCAAUACCAUUUAGAUCUUUAUACAUCAACAUAUGGUACUCCAUCUACAGAGACAGCAGCAUCAAUCUUCAAGACGAUAUGUUACGAAAACAAGGACGGUUUGAGCGCAGGUAUCAUUGUAGCAGGUUUUGAUGACAAGACUAAUAAAGGUGAGGUAUUUAGUAUUCCACUAGGUGGUUCAGUUCACAAGCAAGAUUACGCAAUUGCUGGUUCUGGGUCAGCUUUCAUUUAUGGUUAUUGUGACAAGAAUUAUAAAAACGAUAUGUCAAAAGAUGAAACAGUUAAUUUUAUGAAGCAUUCUCUAUCUCAGGCAAUUAAAUGGGAUGGUUCUUCUGGUGGUGUCAUCAGAAUGGUAAUUCUAACAAAGGAAGGUGUCGAGAGAUUAGUUUUCUACCCAGACGAAUAUGAAAAUUUAUAA